GGGACCAUGCGCCCCGUCCGCAGGAACUUCUACGACCCCUCCUCAGCACCGGGCAAGGGAAUCGUGUGGGAGUGGGAGAACGACAACAACUCCUGGACACCCUAUGACAUGGACAUCUGCAUCACCAUCCAGAACGCCUACGAGAAGCAGCACCCCUGGCUGGACCUCUCCUCCCUGGGCUUCUGCUACCUCAUCUACUUCAGCAGCAUGUCCCAAAUGAACCGGCAGACGCAGCGCAAGCGGCGGCUGCGGCGCCGCAUGGACCUGGCCUACCCGCUCACCAUG